AUGGGUUCAGAGUAUGUGAAGUGUAAGGGCGUGUCUGAAGCCAAGAACGUUCAGGACAUCGUAAACAUCUCGAGACUGCUGGGAAUGCCACAGAAGACCACAUACUUUACUCUGGCGAUUUACUACAGAUAUAUCCUCAUGCCAAAGAACAGAGGCACCAUUCCAACAAGCGCCGCAUGCAUAUUGCUAUCUGGAAAGGUCAAUGGAUCGUUGAGAAGCCUCGAGCAGAUUCUCAAGACAAGCUACAGGUACUACGGAGUCGACCCGGGAAGAUUUUUCCAGGAGGACUACCAGGAUGCAAUAGACAUCGAGCUCCAUGCCUGCAUUGCAAUGGACUUCAACUUUGACAUGGAGGAUCCCUACGGCUUCUUAGAGCAGAUAUGCAUGGACAACGACAUCGACAGAUCGAGGGCACAGACCGUGUGGGUCGUUCUGAACGACACGAUGUAUCUGCCCUUUAUACUGUCUUUCAGCAUAAAAAGCAUUGUUGUGAGCUGCAUGUUCAUCUCAGACAUUGCUAGAGGCUGCGGAGGCGGAGACAUCGAUAAGUUCAAAGAAAGAUACAGGCUUGCAGGGAUCGACAGCGCAGACAUCGAUUUUAUUUCUAAGGAAAUUGUGUCGUUCUAUGAGCGUGUAUCGGAAUAG